AUGCAGGCCAAUGAGAGCGAAGAUGAGAGUGACUUGGACAGAUAUUAUACACACCAUUCAACAAAUCCUAGCAGGCAAAAUCAACACAAAGACUCCCCCAAAGGUGACCAUAAAGUUGCCAACCUUCUUUGUGAAUAUCACAAGCUGAACAUUUCGGAUCGUAAACUCAUAAGCAAGUUAUUACAAGCCGAACAUGGAAUCAAAAUGAGUGAAGCAAUGGUUACUCAUUGUAGAAGAGAACUGGGACUGUUUGGCAGCCACUCAACAGCAGCCCAACUCCCUGAAGUCACGAAAUGCCAACUUGUGCUAGACCAGCUUGCAGAUGAUCCUAGUGGUCAUCAUGGGCCACACAUUGUCAAGGAGCUGAUUGCAAGCAAAACUGGAGUCAUGCUUCCACACAAAUACAUCAGAGACCAGAUGAUGUUGCAAGAACCAGAAGGUUUUGCAGCUCAUGAACCUGCCAGCAAAAAACUAUCUCGAAAACCCUUGGUUGUGCUUGGCCCGCAUCAUGAGUGGAGCGGCAAUGGCCAUGAUAAGCUCACUCAAAUGGGCUUUCCAAUUUGGGGAAUCUGCUGA